CCAUUUGAUAACAAUCAAUCCUCAAAUUCGAAUCCGACCGCAAUUUCUGAACCUCCCUUCGAAUCCGGGCCAAUUGAAUUGAGCAAAUGGUUAUACAGAGAUCCAAGCGGGAGCAUCCAAGGCCCUUUUUCCAGCGAGGAGAUGCAUGAGUGGUAUAAAGGAGGCUUUUUCACACCAGAUCUUUUGGUCAAGCGU